ACUUAACAAUUAGAUAACUUUGGAGUCCCUUAACCUUUCAUUAGAUUUUAUUUUAUUUUAUUUGUAGUGAAACAUUGCAACUUUAGGAUAAAUAGGUGAUUUUCCAUGUAACUGUGAGGUAGUAAAAUAGCUAGCUAACUUUUUCCUACGUUUCAUGGGUUCCUUGUAAAGUGCUUGCUCAUGGGAGUGGAGUUUCUUGAGUGAGGGUAUUUGCUUCCUUUUUUAAGUGUGCUCUCUCUCUUUGUAGUUUGACAGUGUAGAAGCAUUAUAGGCCAAAAUGGGGAGGCUUGGAUUUGACAAGGUUUUGGAUUGCUUCUCUCUUCCAAUCUCUGCAAGCUCUUGCCUCUGCGGCAGUUCAUUUGGAGAUGAGGACGAAUAUACUGCAGUUGAGAGAGACUCUUUGGUCAAGAAUCCAGGAGAUCAGAUAUUACGACUUAGAGAUGUUUUAGAGCCCAUGACUGUGAUCUUAAGGGUUUCUAUGCAUUGCAAUGGUUGUGCAAGAAAAGUAGAGAAGCACAUCAAGAAGAUGGAAGGAGUUACUUCCUUCAAAGUGGAUUUGGAGAGCAAGAAGGUAAUUGUGAUUGGGGACAUUACUCCCUUUGAGGUGCUAGAGAGUGUUUCCAAGGUUAAGUUUGCAGAGCUUUGGGUUGCCCCCUACCAUUCUUCUAAGACCAUUGUUUGAUGGGUGUAUUAUUAUUAAUAUAAUAUUGCUUAGAGCUCUUGUUUUGUAGUUUUGGGGUACCCCUUUGUUUUAUAUGGGGAUAAGGAAAAAUGUAUAUUGUAUUAAUUAAGGUUCUAAUUAAUGUUAUAGAGUACUAUGUUUUAAGGAAACUUGCAUACCUUUUCAACUUCAA